AUGUGGAAUAUUUAUUUAAAACGUUUAUCAUUUAUAAUAUUUUCUCGACGAACAUUAACAACAAUAAAUAAUAAUAAUAAUAAUAUAAUUAUUGAUAAUAUUAUAAAACGUUUAACAAUAAAUUAUAAAAAAGAAUUAGAUCAAUUACAAAUAAAUGAAAAUGAAAAUACAAUUGAAAGAAUUCAAUAUCUUAAAAAAAUUUUACAAACAAUGAAAUUACGUGAAAAACUUCUUCAAGAUAUUGAUGAAACAAAAACACUUUCGAAUGAAAAUAAUGAUGAUGAUGAUAUUUCACAAAUGGCUACGGAUGAACUUGUUCGUCUACGAACAAAUUUAAAUUCAAUUGAUAAUGAAAUUCUAGAGCAUAUUUUACCGGAAGCACCUGCUGAUAAUGAUGAUGCUGAACUUGAAGUUACGACUGGUGUUGGUGGUCAAGAAGCAAUGUUAUUUGCUAAAGAAUUAUUUCAAAUGUAUACAAAUUAUGCUAAUUUUCGAAAAUGGUCUUUUGAAAUAGUUGAAUAUGAUAAAACUGAUAUUGGUGGUCUUCGUCAAGGAAAAGCAUUUAUAAAUGGUUUAGAUGUAUUUAAAAGUUUAAAAUAUGAAUGUGGAGUACAUCGAGUACAACGUGUUCCACAAACGGAAAAAAGUGGACGAAUUCAUACAAGUACAGUUACGGUUGCUGUUUUACCUCAGCCAAAAGAUAUUAAAAUCGAACUUCCUGCUAAAGAUUUAAUAGCUGAACCUAUUCGUUCAAGAGGUCCAGGUGGUCAACAUGUGAAUAAAAGUGAAUCAGGUUGUCGUUUAACACAUUUGCCAACUGGUAGGAAAUCAUUGUAA